UGUGGUGAAGCGUCUCUUUGGUCUAGAGACGAGAAUUCCUCAAACACCUCAGCCUGUUGAAUAGUUAGCCUGCUCGUUUGUCUUUAUCGUGUUAACGUGAGGGGUAAAAGACGACUUUGAAACACAAGUGAACCUUUCUAAUGCUAUUUCACGGAGAGAAUGGUCGGUAAACGAGUCAAACUGUUCGCUUAGUGAAGCUUAAAAACAACAACAUUUACCACUAUGUUAAAAUUCAAGUUGAGGAGGGAGAAAGACAAGGAGUUCAGGCAUAUAGCUCAUGGUUUGAUCCCUGCCGCCUCCAUUGCCCCCAAGGCUGCUGUGCCUCGUACCCCGCCCCCACGCAGCCCAAACCCCUCACCUGAGAGACCCAGAUCAGCCUUGGCAGCAGCCAUCUUGUCUUCUUCGCUCACUGGACAGACAUGGGCCAUCCCCCCUAUCCGUCCGAGGUCUUUCUCUGAGAGUGGCCAAUCAGAGUCCUUCAUAUCUGAACCAAACAUCAGCACAGCACUUUUCAUCAGAGACAGAUGGUCAGAAGAGUUGGCUAGCCGACCACGCCUGUCCUCCCCUGACCACUCGGACGAAGAGUUGGAAGACAAGGAAGAGGAGGUGGAGAGUGAAGAGGACAGGGAAGAACAUGUUUACCAAACUCUUGACAGAGAGGAAAAAUGUUCAAUCACAGAACCUGUCUAUUCUCUGCCACUAAAACUGAAGACCAGUACACCCCAGCUGAUUCAGAUGUCUGGCAGAAGAGGGCCUUCUCCAGAUUUCCCUGAGGAAACUAGUGUCCAACCUCCUGAAGACAGCUGUGAUUCCUCCAAGAAGAAAGUGAGGAAGAGCACUAGAAGUCUGAAAGAAGAUGUGCCGUCUAGUUCCGCGCUACCCAUCCCAACCACCGACCCACCCAGCCAAGCCAAAACCCCCAAACACCCCACCCAGCUGUCUGCAGAGCCCAGCAAGGUGUGCCAUGAGGUGCAGAGGGAGGUAGCGUGGGCCUUGCCAGAGAAGUACACAAGGAUGGUAGAUGAACAAAAGCUACUGGAGGAGCGACUGCAGCGGCUGGAACAGGAGAUCAGUCACAGCCAAGCCUCCUCAAACCUGAGGUCAUCUGCAGGCAGCCAGGCAGAGCUACUGAAUCUGAGGCAACAUGCUCAGGAGCUGGUGGAUGAAAAUGACGCCCUCAAGUUGACAGUUCACCGUCUAAAUGUGGAACUGAGCCGCUAUCAAACCAAAUUCAGACCAUUGUCCAAACAGGAGAGCUCCAGAAUCAGUGGCUUACCAAAGAUGGGGCCUCCUCCUCCUUGGCUGCUCGACAUGAAGUAUUUAUCUCCUUUGCUGCUGGCCUAUGAAGACAGGAUGAACGAGAAAUAUGCUCUUCUGCAAACCACUGAGGAGGAGGUAAAAAGGAUUCGUGUUCAUGUGGAGGAGGUGAUCAAAGAAAAUGAGAGACUCCAUGAUGAAAUUGCAAAGAUCGGAGGGGUUAGCCAGAAGAACUGUCAUCAGCUCCAACAACAGGCCCUUCUGGUUUUGCAGGAGAACCAGGUUCUGAUUGAUCAGCUCGAGGCUCAGCAUGUUAAGGCCAAGAGCAGCCAGAGCAGGCACUAUUCUGAAGUAUCCAAGGUGACAAAGCAACUGAUGUUGUUUGAGGCGGAAAAGCAGCAUUUGCAGGAGGACCUGGAAGAGAGCAGGAGGGAGGUGCAGAAAAAUGAGAGGGAAGUACAAAUUCUGCAGGCCCGCCUGAAGGAUGCCAUCACCUGGGACGAACACUGCAGCAUUGCUGGGAAACUCAGACGACAAUUGGAGCAGCAGGAGAGUAAGAAUAAGAGUGAGAUGGACGAGUUGCUGCUCAGAUUGUCCAGCCUGCAGGAGGAGAGUAGGAGCCUGGCCCUGGACAAAGCCAACCUGACUGCUGAUAUGAAGAGAAUGGAGGUUGAGCAGGCGGUCACCAAACAAGCCAACAGGAAGGCUGAGAGGAGGAUGAGUGUGUUGAAGAAACAGAAGGAAGAGUGCGUGUUGAAAGAGGAGAAUACUCGGCAUUACAUGGGAGCUGUCAUUUCUGUGGCGGAGCACAUUUCCCAGGAGAGAGACCAACUACUACAGAUGGCCUCGGUUCUUCAGCAGGAAAAACAAGGAUUCACCAGCAGGAUUCUGAAAGGCACAGUUCGAUUCGGGAAACUACAGGAAGAAGUCAAAGUGUACCGGCAGCAGGCGUCAACCAGACUGGCAGUGUUGGAGGAGGCAGCGGAGGGGAGGACAGCUUCUUACCACAGGGAGAUCCUUCACCUGCAGAGGCUGCUAAGAGAAAGACAGGAGGCUGAGGAGAGACUGCUGCAGUCCAAACGGGAAAUAGAGGAAGAGUUGGAGAUGGUGUGGCAGGCAGCAACCAGGGAGAACCAGCAGAUCUGCACCUCUAAUCAAAGCCCUGAGCUCCAGAGAAGGUCCACAUUUAAUUCAGACUCAGAUCACCAAAACAACUCCUUGGACGAGAAGCAUAAGCACGGGCUGGAUUUCUAUUGCUAAGAUUCUUGGAGCCAUAAACCAUUGGUGUGUUCACUCAUAAGAUAGACCGGGUACAUAACUACAUUAGUUACAGUCCUGAACAUGUCAACGUACAAGCAUCUGUCCAAUUGACUUUCUUUGCAGAUAAACCUUAAAUUUGCACCAUCCUCUGUAACAAACUCAUAACUGUAUUUAACUACAUUGUAAGCACAAUUCUCUGGUGUUCAAGUUCACUUCACACUUUUUUGUCCUGUAAGGAAAACUUGGUUCGGAAACGAGGACUGCAGUAAAACAUAUAAAACAUGGGAGGGGCAAGAAAUGAUAAUAAAACAGCUCACUUUAUUACACAGCUCAGUUUUAACAGUGUGGCCAAUAUACCUGACAUCAUUCUGGGUAGUCAAAAAGCCAUUUUAUGAAGAUUUUUAAUUUAUUUUGUAUUUUUAAAUUCGUCUCAGGGUUUUAUAGACCGUGCCAACUAGUAUAAUAGAUCAACAAGUCUAACCCAAUGAAUGUGUCCCAAAGAACAUAGCCAACGCUGCCAUUUUCUGGGCACAUAUGAUAAUGGUAUUAUCACCGACACAGUGGCAACGUUACGUGGUACAGAACAGGUGGACAUGGAAAAGGUACAGGUAAAGUAGUAUGCUCAAAAUGACAUUAGGUGAUUUAUCUGUAGCAGAUACUGUUGAUGGUAUUACAGGGAAUUUCCUGAAAAAAAGAUAAAAUAGGUGUUUAUGCACUAAGAAAUGCAUGUAUAUUUAUAUGUGCUUGGCUCAUACUAUUAUUUCUACAGAUUAUAUUUUGAGGCAUGGCUGAUUUAGCGGAAUUUUUUACUUGAUUUUGACUUGUAAUUAAAUCUGCUUUAGACACAGA